ACUCCUCGUCAUGUCGGAACGAAGUCAUGGAUUCAUUAAAUUUGAAUUUCCGGAAUUCGAUAACUCGCUUCAAGUCAUCGAAGGAAGUAUCGAUACAAUGUUACUGACAUUUACUUCAGUUCUUCGUAAAUACGAAAUCGAAAUCAAAUCCCGUCAAGAAACUCAAAUUGUUGAAGAACAGGACUGCGAUUGCUUCUUUGAAAUAAACUUUGAAGUUGAGAGCGAACAGUUUGAUCACACAAUUAUAGAUGCUAUGCACGAUUAUUUAUCAGAUUUGAAUGUGUACGUUCCGUAUCAGCGGCCUAACAUUGUCCUUCAUGGUUCCGAUUUUUGGUUGAGAACUCUCGAUUGUCACACAGAGAUUCCACUUGCUGCGAUUUAUUUUGGAAAUAUACAAGGAGGCACAUAUUUCAAUCAUUGGCAGGUUUCAUUUUCACGCGAAAACAUAUCGUCAAGAGAUAUGUUGCAUAAGAUACACGCCGAAUUUGAAUUCGAUAAAACUGAUAUGAUAACAGUACAAUUUCAAUGUUUCGAGGAGAAGAAACAGAAGUUUGAGGAUUCGAGGAAACAAAAAGUUCGAGUGAACUAUCAAUUAACAAUUCGAAGGGAUUCAAUUCGUCGAAUUAUUGUCGAUCCACGAGUUGAAGGAUGCAACACAUGUGUUCAUUUUGAAGUUAAUUGUCCCCCACUCAUCAGGAAAGGAUAUAUUGAUAAUGAUAAGUCAUCGUUUCAUAAACCCUUCUAUGAGCGUCAGAAACGGUUCGAUUGUGAUUGGAGAAAUGGAAAUGUUAAUCAUGGUAAUCCACAAGAUGCUGCCAUCGCAGAUAGUCCUUUCUUCACAAUUGAGUUCCAUAAAGAAAUAUCAACAAAAGAAAUGUAUCGUGUGUUGUCUCGUCUGAGGUCUCGAACCAAAGUUCUGAUUGAAUUUGCGAAUCUUCCGAGCAUUGAUGUUCCGAUGGGCAGUCACUAUCCAUACAACCGGUGGAAUUUGAAGAAAUCGCCGACCGACUCAAAUGCGCCCAUUUUUAGAGAGUUUCUGAAAGAGAUAUUCCCACCGAAAUAUGAAAUAGUAGAUGAUAAAUUGAUUGAUGUUAAUGAGGAACGGAAGUUUUCUAUCACAUAUUUGAUUGAAUGUCUGUUGUCACGGGGAGCUAUUGUGAAAGAUCAACUACUACUGAAUGAGCAACAUUGGAAAAAUUUCCUGGAAAUUAUCAUUUGGUACUACAGGAAUGAUAAUCAACUGUGUGAAGCUGCCUUGGAAGAUCUCGUUCAUUUAAUUGAUGGUAGAAAGCGAAUCGGAUCAAUUUUGAAGUGCCUAGAUAAAAUUUGCCAAAAACGUGAGGUUAUGAAACUGGUUAAUGGUUUAACAGAAAAGGAGAGCAUAGAAGGAUAUCAACGAGUUCGAAAAGUUAUCUUCACACCUACGAGAGUCAUCUACAUUGCACCAGAGACGAUCAUGGGAAAUCGAGUUCUACGGAAAUUCGAUAAAGAUGGCACCCGGGUGCUUAGAGUAACAUUUCGAGAUGAUAAUAAUAAGAAAAUGAGAUCAAAUGUUACGGGUAAACUUCUCGACAGGACGGCGAACAAGUAUUUGGAGCACGGAGUUCGAAUUGCAAAUCGUGAAUAUGGUUUCUUGGGAUGCUCAAAUUCACAAAUGAGAGACAAUGGAGCAUAUUUCAUGAUGAGAUUCACAGACAAGCAGCUUGAUCGCUUCUACAAAUGUAAUCCGACAGCAUCGAAUAUAAACUUCAAGCCGAAAAUCGACGAAGUUCGAUUUCAAUUAGGAAGAUUCUCGGAAAUUGAAAAUGUUCCUAAGUUGAUGGCGAGAUUGGGUCAAUGCUUCACUCAGAGCAGGCUAACCGGUGUCGGACUUGGACGAGAUGAUUACUGUAGCACGUACGAUUUGACUGGUGGACGAGCGACAAACGGAAGCGAGUAUACAUUUUCUGACGGAGUUGGAAUGAUGAGCUAUCAAUUUGCACAGGAAGUAUCCCAAGCGAUGCAAUUUGGAAAAGCUGUUCCUAGCUGCUUCCAGAUUCGAUUCCGCGGAAAUAAAGGAGUCAUCGCUAUUGAACCCUUUCUGGAUGAAAUUCGUAAAUGGGCACUUGUGAACGGUGUUACUUCGAUGAAAAUGGCGAAAUGUUUGUUCCGUCCAAGUCAAAUUAAAUUCCAAGCUAAGGCUAUUUCGGGAGACCAAAUCGAAAUGGUAAAGUUCUCGUCAGCGGUAUUGGUUGCUCUCAAUAAACCAUUCAUCAAUAUUCUUGAUCAAGUUUCCGAAAUGCAAUCGUUGGAUUGUCAUAAAAGAAUUACGAGCAGAAUUGAGGAAUUGAUGGAUCGUCAGAUCUUGUCAUUUGCCAAACAGAUGAAUGAGGAGACCUUUUGUAGAAACAAAUUAAAGGAGUUUCCACGUCGUAUUGAUAUUGAUAACUUGAGAACAAUGUGGGGAUUUACAUUGUCUAGUGAGCCAUUCUUCCGUUCCCUAAUCAAGGCAUCCAUCAAGUUCUCAAUCACGAAACAGCUUUGCAAAGAGCAAAUUCAAAUUCCCAGUGAACUUGGUCGAUCUAUGCUCGGAGUAGUUGAUGAAACUGGACGUUUACAAUACGGACAAAUCUUCGUUCAAUACACGAAAAAUUACAAGAAAAAACUUCCACCGCGAGAUUCCAACAAUAAAGUUCAUGGAAGUGAGAUUGUCACAGGAACCGUUUUGCUCACUAAAAACCCUUGUAUUGUCCCCGGAGAUGUUCGGAUUUUCGAGGCUGUCGAUAUUCCAGAACUUCAUCACAUGUGUGAUGUAGUAGUAUUCCCACAACAUGGACCGAGGCCUCAUCCUGAUGAAAUGGCUGGAUCCGAUUUGGAUGGAGAUGAAUAUUCUGUUAUUUGGGAUCAGGAAUUACUUCUUGAAAGAAAUGAAGAACCUUUCGAUUUUGCUGUUGAAAAGAUUAAAGUACCAUAUGAUAGAGAGAAGCUUGACGUCUUGAUGCGUGAGUUUUAUGUCACAUAUCUGAAAUUAGACUCCGUUGGACAAAUCUCGAACAGUCAUCUUCACAAUUCUGACCAAUAUGGGCUGAAUUCGAGAGUUUGUAUGGAUUUGGCAAAGAAGAAUUGCCAAGCUGUUGAUUUCACAAAGUCUGGACAACCACCAGAUCCAUUGGAAACGAAAUGGAGGGCCGAUCCCGUAACAUUCGAAGUUAUCCCUCCUGAAAAUCCUGAGCGAAUUCCUGACUUUCAUAUGGGAAAUGAACGAAGUCCGAUGUAUGUCAGUCCAAGGCUUUGUGGAAAACUAUUCCGAGAGUUUCAAGCAAUUGACAAUGUUAUCAAGAUCUCUGAAGAAAGGGAUGAACAAUAUAAUAUUGAACUGGAUGAGACUAUCUUUGUUACUGGUUUUGAGAGAUAUAUGGAAAGUGCUCAAAAACAAUUAUCCAGUUACAACGGACAACUCAGGUCUAUUAUGGAAAACUACGGUAUCCGGUCGGAAGGUGAAAUCAUGUCAGGAUGCAUUGUCGAAAUGAGAAAUCGAAUUUCGGAUAAAGACCAAGAUGAUAUGUCAUUCUACAACACUAAUCAAAUGAUUGAAACAAAAAUGACAUCUUUAGUGUGCAAAUUCAGAGAAACGUUCUUCGAGGAAUUUGGUGGAUUCACAGUAAAAUGUACACUUUUACCAAAUGCUUACGAUAACGGCAACUGUCUCAAUUACCGUUGCGAAGAUCCAGAUCAGGAGGUCAGAAAGAAAGCUGUUGCCUGGUAUCGAGCUUGUUACGAGUGUGCUCAAUCCACGAGAGAAGUUCGGAAGCUUUCAUUUGCUUGGAUUGCAUAUGACGUCAUUGCCAAAGUCAAGGAGACUAAUGUAUUGAAUAACGAAAGAAUGCAGAUUGGUGGAGCAAAUCCCAUGUACACUUUCCUAGAAGAGCAUCGAAAACAAUAUUUGAUUGAUCACGAUGCGGAUUUCAAGAACUUCUGUGAACUCGAUCAUCUAAUUACCGGUGAAAAAUCAAAAGAAGCGAUUUCCAUUCUGAAAAUAUAUCUGGAGAUGAUACCAGGGUUGGACUCUGUGUUCUUCAUGUUAAUGCGAUGGGGAGAAUCAUUACGAUUGUUUGAUGGAAAACCAAUCAAGAUUUAUCACUUUUUCCUCAUGUUCAUUCUUUUUGCAACACGACAAUUGGCAUCUGCUGAUGGAAAUGCAGAACCGUUUUUCAAAAUAAUUGAAAAAGAAGAAUAUGAGAAACAGAAAAGAGAUUCAUCGAGAGGCAAUAUCGAUCCACUUACUGAAAAAAAAAGAUCAGAUAUGAUGGUCAAAUUCUUCCAAUUUAUGGGAUGUCGGAAGUUCAGAAAAAUGUCGACUUUAUCCUUUUGUCCUCUCAACUUCUCAUCGAUUUUUAUGCGUGGAGAAUGGCGAAUAUUCCAUGAAUCAGCUCUCAAAACCUACUACAAUAUUCUGUUUAAUCUACGUUUUGAAGAGCUUCCAGUAUCAUCUGAUCCAACAAUUACAGCUGAGACGAUGGAUCGAGAGUGUGAACCAUUUGUUAUCGAGUUACCCGAAAAUAUAAAUGUGAAUGAUCUGAUCAAUAAUAUGAAGAAACACACAAAUGUUUCAACUGUAAAGAUGCGGCGACAGGAGAAAAAUCCGAUAAACGAUAAGGCGAAACCAAAGACUACAGUUCGUUACAUCGUCUCCGUCUCCGGAACUCUCGAAUCAAUUCAAAUGCUCAAAAAGCUUUCAGCAGUUACAAUUCCAAUCAAAAGUCAUUGGGAAGGAGAAGAAGUAUCACAACAGAUGGCAUCUCUUUGCUAUCAAAAAGUUAUGAAUGGUGAAUUUUAAUCUCGUAUUUUUGUUGAAAUAUGCCAUAGACUCUGUUAAUGUUUUUUCUUCACUUACAUUUUCAAACCUUGUACUAUUUUUUCUGUUUUAUUUAUUUUUAAUUCCUUCUACCAUUUGUAUUUGUGUGUAAACUGACCAAUUCCAUCAUCAAAUGAUUGAUUAAUAAUUUUAAAAUAUUUUCUCCGUGGUAUAAAACAUUUAUUUAUUU